AUGUAUUGGCUGCCGGAAGAUGAGCUUCCUCUUGCUAUUAUUGAGAAGAAAAACGGUAGGAAAGAAAUCGUUUUACAAGAAGAUGACUGGAACAAGGUUGAGAUCAAGAUGAUUUCCGAACUCUUUGUUUCGAAUCAGGUGGAGAACUGCAAAAUCAUUUGUUCAAUUGAAGCUGUUGACACUGAUUGGUCAUGGUUCUACUUUGGGCAUAAAGGUUGCAAACAUCGUGCCAUCAAACUUCAAUCAACCCAUGAUGAUAUCCAACUUUGGCGUUGUGAGAAGUGCCAAGUUAAAAUCAAUGAAGUGAUACCUGUGUUCAAGCUUCAUUUGAUUGUGAGGGAUGACACGGAAACAUGUAAGUUGCUGUUGCUGAACACUGUUGCUAAGACCAUUGUUGGACAUGAAGCUGUUGAUUUGUGGGAUGACUCCUAUGAUGAGAUUGAAGAUCCAGAGCUCCUACCAGUACAAGUCAGAGCUUUAGAAGGAAAAUCUUUUUGUUUUGGCAUUUCUGUGAAAUCUGACAAUGUGAGGGAUGGGGCAGCAACAUUUAGAGUUCUUGAGGUGCUCAUGCUGGAAGGAAACAGUCAGAAUGAUUCAGAAGAAUGCAAAACACCUUCUGCAAAACGCAAAGAGGAAGAUGCUGAUCUCCCAGACAUAACUUCUACUUUUAAAAAGUUGUGCACCUCCAUCAAAGUGGAAAAAGGAAAAGGAAGAAAACAAUAA